AUGGGGGACACCAACGCCUCCACCAGAAGCAAAACGAUCGACGAUGAACCUGAACCCACCAUCAGCGCCACGCUUGUUAACGGUAACACCGGCCUAACCUUCGAUUCUGAAUUUCUUAUAACCGCAAUUGAUAAGGAAAGCCCAUUCCAUGGAAAGGUCAAGGUUGGAGACAAAAUUGCACAGGUAGGUGAACAUUGUCUGAGUUAUGCAUUAUUUGAUUUUUAUAAAUAUUUUGAAAAAUUAAAAUAAUUUUUUAAUAUGUAAAAUUAAACUCACAUUGAUGAUUUUGUAGAUAAACGAUUCAAAAGUGGAGAACGAAGAAGAUUUCAAGCAUGCCAUUGCGAAGCACGGUCCCAAUGUCACGGUAACUUUAGCCAAAAGUCUGAAAGCCGUGAGUAAACCUAACCUAAAAUGAUAUUACUCAAUAUAAAUGUUUUUCUAUUGUUAAAUAUGUGUUUUUUGUCAAGAGCUAAUGUAUUAUCAACCUUAUAACACAUAGAAUUUCAGAGUCAAGAUCCGAUUCCAGAAAACCGAGAAAAGAAUCUGAAACGACAAGAAGGAUACACCUAUCACUUGGCCAAAAUUGACUUUAUCAAAGGAUGCAAGUUUGGAUUAGGCAUCAAACACUUUCAGAACAAAGUCUUGGUUACUAGAGUUGAUCCAGGUAUGUCGAUUUGUUUACCGUCGGCCGAUUUCCGCAAAAGAACUUGUUUUUCCUCGACACAGUUGUUUAGCUGCUCCCGAGGCUUCGCAACCUGCUAACUUUACCAUUUUAUACGAAAGAAAACAGAAAAUUGUAGAUAAUGUGGAGAAUUUUUAGUUUUUCAACUACAAACUAAGUUUUGUCUGUUUUUCUAGUUAUUUGUUCCGUAUUUUAGGUUCAUUGUCUGCCAAAAGCCUUGUAGCAGCAGACAGAAUUGUGGAUGUGAAUGGGAAACCAGUAACGGAUAAAGAUGUGGCCAGAGCUCUUCUUCUUCAGUCUUUGAAGGCUAAAAGAACUGUCAGUUUGCUGAUCGAACGACCGUUUAGUAAAGAAGCCAAGGAGAAGGUAACGUUUGCGUUGUCACAGUCAGAAGCUCAACCUCCGUCUGUAGCGAUGGCUUCCGACAUUCAAGAGAUCAUAAAGAAGCAGAAGAACAAAAUGGAGCAGAAAAUUGAGCCCAAGAAGGUAAUAAUAACAUAAUACUUAAGUUAUAUGGGAAGAUUUGGUUGUUAGGGAUGUUAAGGUUGUGUUGUUGAGCUUUUAAGUUUCUGUUAUCGUAGAAUUCAUCUUUAAAUGGUGUUUAACUUGAUUUAUAACUAUCACAAGGUGAUGCUCUUAAUUUAUGGACAUUGGAAAUGUUUCCAAAACCUUGUUAGUGAUUUUACACUAACACGCUGCCAAUUCUGUGACAUAAUCUAUUAACACUGAUCACACAUUACAGAGUGCGUUGAGAAAGGGAAACAAGAGCGGAGCCCAAGCCAAGGUUCAGAUGAAGGACGAGAAGCCGAAUGUGUUAUUGAUUGCAUCAGAUCACGAAGGCAAGGCUCUGAAGCCUGUCAAACAGGAGACUAAGCCAGAGAAUUCGUCUUCUUGA